GCCGACGGCGGAUGCGGCCCUGGUGAGGAGCUCCAGAGGGACCCCGAGCACUGAGGGGGUUCUGCCCGUCCUUGGGGCUGUGCUCUGCUCCCACCCACCAUGGAGACCCUCCUGGUCUUCCUCGCCCUCCUGGGGGUCACCAGCACCGAGCAGCUUUUCGUGGGGGACCAGGUCCUGCGUGUCACAGCCAGGAACGAGGAGCACAUCACUCUGCUCAGGGUGCUGGGCGAGCAGGAGGAGCUGCAGGUGGACUUUUGGCGUCACCCCAACAGCCCCAGCCACCCCGUGGACCUGCGGGCGCCCUUCCCCAGCCUCCAAAGAGUCAAAAAAUUCCUGGAUUCCCAUAAUUUUUCAUACAGCAUCAUGAUUGAGGAUGUGCAGGAAUUAUUGGAUGAAGAAAAGGAAAGCAUGAGGAGGUCUAGGAGGGUAAAGAGAAGCUCCAGGAGUUUUGAUUUUGCUUCCUACCACACUAUAGACGAGAUCUACGACUGGAUGGACGUCCUGGUGGAGGAUCAUCCCAGCCUCGUCAGCAAGGUCCAGAUCGGGCAGAGCUACGAGGAGCGGCCCCUGUACGUGCUGAAGUUCAGCACCGGGGGGUCGAACCGUCCGGCCAUCUGGCUGGACACCGGCAUCCACUCGCGGGAAUGGAUCACCCAAGCCACCGGUGUCUGGAUGGCCAACAAGAUCGCUGAGGAAUAUGGGCAGGACCUCUCUGUCACGGCCAUCCUGGACAGCAUGGACAUCUUUCUGGAGAUUGUCACCAACCCUGACGGCUUUGCCUUCACCCACAGCUCUAACCGCCUGUGGCGCAAGACCAGGUCCAUCAACGCUGGGUCCCGCUGCGUCGGAGUGGAUCCCAACCGAAAUUGGGAUGCUGGGUUUGGAGGUGCUGGCUCCAGCAGCAAUCCCUGCUCUGAGAUCUAUCAUGGCCCUCACGCCCACUCCGAGAGGGAAGUGAGAGCCAUCGUGGACUUCAUCCGCGCCCACGGGAACGUGAAAUCCGUCAUCUCCAUCCACAGCUACUCCCAGAUGCUGCUCUUCCCCUACGGAUACAGGAGGGCGCCCACACCCGACCACCAGGAAAUGAAUGAACUGGCCAAGAAGGCCGUGAGUGACUUGGCUGCCGUGUUCGGGACAAAAUACACCUACGGCAGCAUCGCCAACACCAUCUACAUGGCAGGAGGCACCACCAUCGACUGGGCCUAUGACAACGGGGUGAAAUAUUCCUUCAGCUUGGAGCUGAGGGACUCGGGGCGCUACGGAUUCCUCCUGCCCAGCUCCCAGAUCGUCCCCACUGCCACCGAGACGUGGCCGGCGCUCCUGGACAUCAUGGUCCACGUCCUGGAGCAUCCAUACUGA